AUGCAACAUGGAAGUGGGUCACAGAACAUUCAACGACAACUCCAGAGAUCCAAGUCUGGCCCAGAAGUUGAGGAUCAGCAACAGCAAGCGACCAUGGCAGCUUCACAGCAACAAACUACGGUUACCCACCCUCAGUCUCCCAUGACCACAUUUUCUUCUGCUGCCAGCCCAUCAGCUCCUCAAUCUCCCAAUUAUCAGAUAAUCAUGAGUCGCAGCCCGGUAACUGGUCAGAACAUGAACAUCACUUUACAAAAUGUGAGCCAGAUGGUGAGUGGCAACCAGCAGAUCACUCUAACACCGCUUCCCCUCCAAACCCCUGCAUCCCCCGGCUUCCAGCAUACAACAUCACAAUGGAGGUUUGAACACGCUCCAUCUUCCUACAUUCAGGUCACAUCCCCUUUACCUCAACCCGUGCAGCCGCAGAGCCCCACCCAACAUAGCCCUGUCUCACUGCAAGGUGUCACGAGGCCCGUAGCACCCCAGGCUGCUCUUGGUGUGUGCGGACAGAGUCCGACACGGUUUGUGGAGGCGGGUAUGUUGGUGCGGCAAAUCAGUUUAGGCAGUCCAUCGGGAAGCGGUCAUUUUGUGUACCAGGAUGGCACAGGGCUGGCCCAGAUUGCACCUGGAACAACUGGUCAAAUACAACUGUCCUCUCCAGGAGCACCGGGUUCUGUGAGGGAACGCCGCCUUUCUCAGCCUCACUCACAAACCGGAGGCACCAUUCAUCACCUCGGACCUCAAAGUCCCGUGGCUACCAGUACUGCUCUCUCCACUUUGGGCAGCCCUGGACACAUUACCACUUCUAACCUACCUCCUCAGAUCAGCAGCAUUAUACAAGGACAGCUCGCGCGCCCUGUGAUGUUUGAUAAGACAUCACAGGGUGUCGUUGCUGCAGUCGGAUCCACACCCACAGCAUCGUUUAGUAUACCUUCCACCAUCCCGGCGUCCAGCCCUUCCCUCAACAGUCCAGCCCAAGCAAAUAGCAACAAUCCCCUUGCGGCCCCCAACCCCACAGUAGGCACAGUUAAAAAACAAGUUCCCAAGAAGUUAGAAGAAAUUGCUCCGGCUACUCCGGAGAUUGCCCAGCUACGCAAACAGUGCUUGGAGCACCAUACUAAGAAGAUGGACAGUUUAAAGGAGGUGUUCAAAGAAUACCUUAUAGAACUGUUCUUUCUUCAACAUCUCCAAGGAAAUAUGAUGGACUACUUGGCUUUCAAAAAGAAGCCUUGCGUUCCCUUGUAUACCUAUUUACGACAGAACGACUUGGACCUGGAAGAGGAUGAAGAGGAGGAGGAACAGUCCAAGGUCAUCAAUGAUGAGGUAAAAGUUUGCACAGGAAAAGAUGGCCAAGCAGUGACGCCUGUUGCCAUUGCAACACAGCUUCCUCCCAAUGUUUCUGCAGCUUUCUCUGCCCAGCAGCAGUUUCAGGGACUCCAAGGACCAGCUGGUACCCUUGCCAAUCCCGGAGACAUGGAUGCCUUCAAGAGGCAACAGGCAAUGGUGCAAGCAGAUCAGACUAAAAGAUCCCGGAUUGACGUUGGUCGCCACGGGCUGAUUUUCCAGCAUCCUGGCGUAGCUCCUUUAGGAUCGCCUGGCGUGCCACUACAACAGCUUAUGCCAACUGCGCAAGGCGGGAUGCCGCCUACACCUCAAGCAGUCCAGAUUGCAGGACAGAAGCAGAACCAACAACAGUACGACCCAUCCAAAGGACCGCCAGUGCAGAAUGCAGCUAGCCUACACACCCCACCACCUCAGCUGCCAGGCAGGUUGCCGCAAGGCGCCCUCCCCAUGGCUGGACUGCCAGUGGCUCUGUCCCAGCAGGCUCAGAUUGUUGAGAGUACAGUCCAACCUGGUGGUCAGCUCCAACCGCAGGUGAAAGUUCAGACUGGAGCCCCAAUCAUGGCAUCAAUAAACCCCCACACACAACUCCAAGCCCAGCUCCAACAGCAGAUGCAAUCUGGGAUACAUAUCCAGUUGCCUCCCCAGCAGCAACAAACCCAGGCCAUGCUACAGACGGGGCAAGCGACGGUGACUCUUGGUCGUCCAAGUACAGAGUCCGCUCAACCAAUUCAAAGGAUUUUGACAAACUCAAUAGCACUCACUUCCAUCACAUCUACUCCCGUUCCUAAUUGUGUUCCAACAUCUCAACCAGCAAGUCCUCUUCGCCCUCUUGCUGCCAAUGCAAAUCCAAGCAACCCAUCCAAACUGACAGGGACAAAUGGUAUCUCUGGAGUCAAAAUGACUGGCUUUGGUCAAAAUGCAACCAUGCAGUCAUCAUCGCAGGAGGCUUCUCAAGACAAGCAAGUUGAGCAAGCUAAAUUGGAGAGCCAUGUUCAUCAACGUAUUUCUGAGCUUAGGAAGGAUGGCCAGUGGUCAGCCAGUCGACUACCCAAACUUGUGGAGGCCUCUCGUCCAAAGUCUCAUUGGGACUACCUCCUGGAGGAAAUGCAAUGGAUGGCAGCUGACUUUGCCCAGGAGAGAAGAUGGAAAGAGGCUGCGGCAAAGAAGCUGGCACGCACGUGUGCCCGUUACCAUCAAGAGCAGAGGAAAAGUGAAGAGAGGUCCAAAAAAGAAAGGGAACUUCAUCUUCGCCAUAUUGCCAGCACGAUUGCCAGAGAGGUGGAAUUCUUUUGGUUUAACAUUGAACAGGUUGUGGAUAUUAAGCUACACUUUGAAAUUAAUGAAAAGAGGAUUAGAGCACUUUGCUUACAAAAGGCAUCAACUAAAGGUCAUUUGGUUGGAGAUAAAGCUGAUAAAGAGGAGAUUCACACUGGCUAUAGAAAAAGGAAAGCAAAUUCACCAUUGAGAGUUGAAGCUGAUGAAGAGAGCACAAUAGAAGAACAGGAGGUUAUGGAGGGAGAAUCAGAUUACAAAGCAGAAUUGCUUGAGCUUGCCAAAGAUGCUGAGUUGCCUCUGGAUGCUUUGAGGAAGCAAUAUGCCGGAGCCUAUGCUGCUGGCUUUGAGUGGCCUCAGCCAAGUCCUCCAAGUAAUCAGGAUGAAGACGAAGAGCCUGAAGCAAUAAUGUUCCCUGCGAGCAGUCCGCCUGAGGCAGUGCUUAUAGACUCUCUGCUUAUGGUGGACCAGUUUCGUAGUCCUGACAAGACCUCUUCUUGCACUUCUGAUGGAAAACCUGCUAGAGACAUAUCUGAAGUGGCUGCUGCCACAGAGCUCCUUCUCCCAAAGGGUACCUUCAAAACCACUUCUUCGAUGCACAAUCCUGCACCAUUUUUACUACAUGGCUUACUGCGAGAAUACCAGCAAAUUGGUGUUGACUGGCUGGUAAACCUAUACAAGAAGCACCUCAAUGGUAUCCUUGCUGAUGAGACGGGCCUUGGUAAAACUGUACAAACCGUUGCCUACAUGGCUCACUUAGCUGGCCAAGAGGGUGUUUGGGGGCCCCACCUCAUUGUGGUUAGGACAUGUAAAUUGCUCAACUGGGAAGUGGAGUUCAAGCGCUGGUGUCCUGGCCUUAAAAUCCUGUUGUAUCUAGGAACUGAAAAGGAGCGUAAAUCCCAGAGAAUGAGGUGGCGGGAAACGAACAGCUUCCAUGUAUGUCUAACAUCAUACAAACUGAUGCUGAAAGACCGAAGCCAUUUUCUGAGGCGUAGGUGGAGACACCUAGUUUUGGAUGAAGUGCAGCUCAUCAAAAACCUGACUGAAAAACACUGGGAAACCAUAUUUGCUCUUCGAAGUGAGCAGCGGAUCCUCCUCAUCAAUACCCCACUUCAGAACACUCUAAAGGAGCUAUGGACUAUGAUUCACUUCCUCAUGCCAGGAAUCACCAGGCCCUACUCUGACUUCCCUGUGAAGGCAGGCACGGACCAGAAUCAGGACUACUGCCACAAACUUGUCAUUCGACUGCACAGGAUGAUCCAGCCAUUCAUUCUGAAGCGCUCAAAAAGGGAAGUGGAAAAGCAAUUGCCAAACAAGUAUGAGCACAUCCUGAAGUGCAGACUCUCUAGGAGACAAAAGAGUUUGUAUGAGGAUAUCCUUACUCAACCUGGAGCUCAAGAGGCCCUGAAAACAGGCCAUUUUGUCAGCGUGCUUCAGGUCUUGAUGCAGUUGCAGCGCGUGUGUAACCACCCUGAUUUGGUUGUACCUCGAGAAACCAGCAGCUCCUACUUCUGCUCUCCUCUGCCAUAUAAUAGCCCGUCACUCAUACUGGAAGCAAUGCAGAACGACUCAAGCAAAGAAACAAACAUAUCACUGUUUGAUUUGAUUAAUAAUGAGAAUCGGCUGACUCGGUAUCAAACUGAAGAAGCAAUACCCAAACUAAAGGUCACACAACAACUUAUAGAGGAGAUCUACAGCGGUCCAGAAGCACCACCACAUCCCAAGCCAUGCCCAAUUAAACCAAUGAGAUUGUUCCAGCCAGUGCAAUAUGGGACCAAACCAGAAGGGCGACUAGUUGCUAUUUCGGGUGCUGCAGGACAAAAUCCUCCAACAAACUCUUCUGCUACCACCAACUCUGUUUCUACAUCCAACUCAGCCCAGAUAAGAGGAAAGCCCCCAGUCACCACUGCAACAACCACAGCAACUCAAGGAGGAGAUGCAGUGAAAAUUGCCCAGCUGGCCAAUAUAGCUGGCAGUCAGAAUCGAAUCUCCCAGCCAGAGACUCCUGUCACUCUACAAUUUCAGGGCAACAAGUUUACGUUGUCCCCUAGUCAGCUCCGCCAGCUCACCACUGGACAGCCAUUGCAGCUCCAAGGAAAUAUUCUACAAAUUGUGUCCGCUCCUGGGCAGCAAAUCCUCAGGCCUCAGGGUUCUAUGGUUAUGCAAACGAUGGCGCAAGCUGUCCCUAACUCCACUGUUUCAGCUUCACACAGUGCACCUCAUCCAGCUCUGUCAACAGUCCAGCAAGGUGUGACGACAAAUGCCACAGCAACUUCUAACAAGCUCAAUACUGCUUCCUCGCAGGAGUCUUCUGAAGAAAAGACUCGGCAAGCAAAGCAGCGUUUGAGCCUUCUCUUCCAAGCAAACGAGCGACGCUGCAGCCGGAGAGUUUUGUAUGGGUUGGACUUGUUACAGGCAUGCACUAUGAGUUCAGAGCCUGCUCACACUGCUCUGACUGCUGGAGGCUGGAUGUGGGUUGGUCUAGAGAGUUGCGUCAGGGCCCGGAACACCUCUGUGGUCACCACCUCUGCACUGCAAUCUACUCUGCUCUCCAUUGAUGACCGAAGGCAGAAUACUAACAGCCUUACCAAAAGGCUGGGAUGUGUGAUGCCUCCAGCUGUCGCACCACACCCUCAGUUGUAUGCAACAAAUCCUCCUAUCACUUACACCAUCAAACAGAAAUUACUCCACCGUCAGAUGCAGGAGUCCUUUGCUCCCCAUAGUGCUGAAAUGCACUGUUUGGUGGCCAGGCAUGGUUUUAAAUCCCCAGACUUUCAGCUAAUGCAGAUGGAUUCAGGAAAACUAGAAGCUAUGGCCAUUCUGCUGCAGAAGCUUCGGUCAGACAAUCGUCGUGUCCUCAUCUUCACUCAGAUGGUGAAGAUGCUUGAUAUCCUGGAGGGUUUCUUAGAUUACAGGCAGCUCACUUAUGUGCGUAUGGAUGAAAGCUACACUCCAGAUGAACGACAGGAGAUCAUUAGGACAUUUAACAGGAACAAACAGAUUUUCUGCACCAUCCUAACAAAUCAUUGCUGCGCUACAGUUGGAACUAUGUUAGAUGCAGAUGCCAUCAUCUUCUAUGAUACGGACCUAAAUCCCACCAUGGAUGCCCGCACCCAGGAAUGGUGUGACAAAAUUGGGCGCAGUAAGGAUAUACACAUUUACAGGUUGGAGAGCGGGAACUCUAUUGAGGAGAAACUAUUGAAGAAUGGAACCAAGGACUUAAUCAGAGAGGUGGCUGCACAGGGCACUGAUUAUACUCUGGCUUUCCUCACACAACGGACAAUCCAGGAUUUGUUUGAAGUGGAGGCAGGCUCCGGGGAAAAAGUGGAGGAGUUCGUUGUCCUUCAUCAAGAGCCGUCAGCCUCUGAGACCAUCUCUCCAAAAGUGGCUAGACCCUACAUCCAAGCUCUCCAAAGCAUUAACUUAGAUGAUUUAACAGAAGAAGAUGGUGUGAAAAUAGAUGAGGAGAUGACUGGCAACCAAUCGGCACUGGCGGAUGAGGAGUCGGCAAGCCAGACUAAAGAAGAACCUGCUGAGAUUGAGGAAUUGAAUGCAGUUAUGGAACAGCUCACACCAAUAGAAAGAUAUGCUCUGAGCUACCUGGAGUAUCUUCAUGUCAGUGACGAUGAGACUGCACUCAAGGAGCGAUUGGAGUGCUCGAAGAGAGGCUGGGAGCUGCAACAGCUGCAGAAGCUGAAAGAGGAGGACGAAGGUGUGGAAUUAACUGAAGAGCUUUUCACCUACACAAGAGAAGAUGCCUACAACAUGGAGUAUGUGUUCGAAGCUGAGGAUGGACACACAGAAAUCAUGCCGGUUUGGACUCCACCCACACCACCUCAAGAUGAUAAUGAUAUUUACAUAGACUCUGUCAUGUGUCUGAUGUAUGACACCACCCCCAUUCCUGAGGCCAAGCUCCCUCCUAUCUACAUUCGCAAGGAGCACAAGAGAAUGAAACUGGACCCCUCAGCAGCAGCUAGGAAGAAGAAAAAGGGCCAUGGGGAAACGGUUAUUCCGCCACGCUCUCUUUUCGAAAAGGCCAGUAUGCUGAAGGUUCGCAGAGAAGGGAAAGACCAGAAAAAGAACUUUUCCCUCAAGCAGCAGGCGCCCUUCGCCAAGCCUCUGCCCUCGCUGGUUAAACCUGCCAUAGACGCUGGUCAGGACAACCCGGAGUGGCUCAUCAGUGAAGACUGGGCUCUGCUUCAGGCUGUGAAACAACUGCUCGAACUACCCUUAAAUCUGACGAUUGUCUCACCUGCCCACACACCCAACUGGGAUCUGGUGAGUGAUGUUGUGAACUCCUGCAGCCGCAUCUACCGCUCUCCCAAGCAGUGCCGUAACCGCUACGAGAAUGUCAUCAUUCCCAGAGAAGAGGGCAAGUUGAUGUAUGAGGCAAACCCAAAGAAGAAAACAAAGAGCAUUUACAAGUCUAAGAAUAGCCGUCCUCUAAGGACCUGUCAGAUUUACACACAAGAUGACAACGCCACUCAAAUUCAGCUCUGCAACAGCCGAUUUGAGCUCAUGAAAAUGAUAGCAAGCAAGCGGAGUCCACCUAUCAAACCACUGCUAGGCAUGAACCCGUUCCAGAAGAACCCUAAACAUGCUUCUGUUUUGGCAGAAAGUGGGAUAAGCUACGACAAGCCUCUCCCUCCCAUUCAGGUGGCAUCACAACGUGCUGAGAGGAUCGCCAAAGAGAAAAAGGCCCUGGCAGAGCAGCAGAAAGCUCAGCAGCAGGCUGGAACUCCUCAGGCCCAGACUGCAACCAACCAGGCCCAGACCACUGCUGCUGCCCAGGCUCAAGCUCAGGUUCCCCAGGCUGCCGCAGUGGCUGGAGCCGCCACAGUUCCUAAUGCAGCCGUUCUGGCUGGAGCAAUCAAAAACGCCACAGCGGGCACAACCAUACAGGCUGCCGCUAUUGGGGGGAAUGUGAUUGUGAACACAGUUGCUGGAGUGCCUCCAAGUCCCUUCCAGGCCAACAAACGCCUGGCAUCUCCAGUUAUACCAGGCACCCUGUCUCCCGCCGGUCCUGCUGCUGGGGCGCAGGUUGUCCACGCGCAACAAAGAGCAGUUGCAGCAGCUGCAGCCCCAGGUGAAGUGGUAGCCAUAGCUACUGGGCAGGGUGUUCGAGCAGUUACGCCAGUAACUGCAUCUGCUGUAGUUUCCACCACUCUAAGCCCAGUCCAAGCUCAGACUCGCCCCCUUGUCACUCAAGUAACCACAGCUACAGGUAUGCAGCUUGCACAAGGAAAGACCCUCACCCCGGCCCACCUUCAGAUGCUGCGGCAACAACAGCUUCAGCAACAACAACAGCAGGGUACUUCUCCUCAGAUCAAAGCUGGAAGCAAACCCCAGGAGUUGUUAAAAAUGCACAAGCAGAAAUUGCAGCUCCAGCAACAGCAGCAAGUUGCUGCAGCAGUGGCGGCUGCAGCAGCUCAAGGCCAGCAAGCUGCGGGAACCCAGCAAGCCCAAGUGCAACCCACACAGGCAGCUCAAGCCAAUCCUCAGCUAGCAGCGGUGGCAACGCCAAGACCCGGAUCUGUUUUGACAGGCACCACUGUGACCAACCUACAGGUGGCCAGACUGACCCGAGUACCUGCUCAGGGUCAGAUCCAGGCACAGGCAGGCCAGACAGCCCAGAUGACCCUCACCAAGCCUCCCGUUGUAUCUGUUCCGGCCGUGGUGUCAUCAGCUGGCGUCACUACACUACCUGUCACAGUGGCCGGUAUUAGCGUGGCUAUUGGCCAGGCCCAGAAAACGGGUGGCCCCGUGCUGACGCCGUCCUUCCCGCAGAUGCAGGUGCAGCAGCUGCUUCAAAUGAAGAAGCAGCAGCAGGCGGCUGUACAGGCGGCCCAGCAGAAGGCAGGACAGACACAACAAGGACAGGCCGCUGUGCAGCAAAAGGUAAAUAAUAUUGGCACACAGCAGGUUACGGUGCAGGCUGCCCAGCCUGCCCAGCAGCAACAGAAGGUGACCUACACGACAACCACCCAACUCCAACCAGGGAUGAAGCCUCAGUUCUUUACUACAUCAAUUGCCCAGACCCAAAAAUCAGCAGGACCUCAACAAAUUCAGCAGGUGGCAAAACUCCCACAAAUUGUGCAACAGCAGCCCACUGUGGCUAACAUUCAGCAAAUUGUAUCAUCUCCACAGCAGAUCCAAGCGCAACCUCAGACCGUGACGCUAACCACGUCGGCGCCCGCCCAGGUGCAGAUGAUUCCGGCCGGCAGCGCAUCAGCUCAGGUGGUUCAGCAGAAGCUGAUCCAGCAGCAGGUGGUCGCCGCCGCUUCACCGCAGAUCCAGACGCCGCCGCCCCACAGCCCCGCUCAGCAAGAGUCCUCGGCACCACAGCCCGUUCUAGCCCAGCAGCCUGCCAAAGGCCAAGCUCGCCAGGGUGGCAUAAGAGCCAAACCCCCUGCCAAGCCCAGCGGGGGGAGCAGUUAG